CAGUGAAUCAUUGCUAGCCUGCACUAUGAAUUGGAAACUUCCGACAAGAAGACGAUCUCUGAGGGAAGCUCUCUCUGAAUAUCCUUCGAGAGCGAGAGCAUCUCUGAGAUCUCCCUUCAAUUCUCUCUCUCUCUCUCUCUGAUCGCAAAGCAUUUGUGUGAUACUCGUUCUUGGAGGGAAGGGAAGAUUAAGAAAGGCGCAACAGUUCGAGUUCUCUUGGCGGGAAAUCUAGAUUUGUCCUCAUCUCGGUCAUCGAUUGACGUACGAUUCAAUUGAUACACACAAGGCUAUGUGUUGAGAGAGAGAGAGAGAUGGGGAUUUCGGACAAUGCGAAAGGGUUGAUACUAGCCGUGGGUUCGAGCUUGUUCAUAGGCGCUAGUUUCAUCCUGAAGAAGAAAGGGCUCAAGCGUGCUGCUGAUUCAGGCACUCGCGCAGGAGUUGGAGGUUACACUUAUUUACUCGAACCACUCUGGUGGGUAGGCAUGUCCACAAUGAUUGUUGGAGAGGUUGCAAAUUUUGUGGCUUAUGUUUAUGCUCCGGCAGUUCUUGUGACCCCUCUUGGUGCAUUAAGUAUAAUUGUUAGUGCUAUUUUGGCACACUUUAUGUUGAAGGAACGACUGCGGAAAAUGGGUGUUCUUGGAUGUGUGUGCUGCAUAGUGGGAUCAGUGGUGAUUGUUAUCCAUGCACCUCAAGAACAAACCCCAAAUUCUGUACGAGAAAUCUGGACUUUGGCAACUCAACCAGCAUUUGUAAUCUAUGUAGCAGCUGCAGUAUCAAUAGUCUUAGCUUUGAUUCUGUAUUUUGAACCACGCUGUGGGCAGUCGAACAUACUGAUCUACUUGGGAAUUUGUUCUUUAAUAGGUUCACUUACGGUUGUAAGCAUAAAGGCAAUAGGAAUUGGAAUAAAGCUUACAUUGGAUGGGAUAAGUCAACUUGCAUAUCCUCAGACUUGGUUUUUUAUGUCAGUUGCAGCAGUUUGUGUGAUCAUGCAGUUGAAUUAUCUUAACAAGGCAUUGGAUACAUUCAAUGCAGCCAUUGUUUCUCCAAUAUAUUAUGUGAUGUUCACGACUCUGACUAUUGUUGCAAGCGUUAUAAUGUUCAAGGACUGGUCAGGUCAGGAUGCGAGCAGCAUAGCCUCUGAGAUAUGUGGAUUCAUCACUGUGCUUUCAGGAACCAUAAUACUUCAUGCAACAAGAGAACAGGAACAACCUACUGCACCAGGAACCAUAACAUGGUAUACUGGAGAAUCAAUGAAGGGUAUCGAUGAUGCACACUUUAUCAUGUUGCACAAUUCAGAUUACUUUGAAUGACAAGGAGAAGCAAAUUGAACCAGCAUUAACCUAGUUGAAUCGCAGAGUAAAGAUCCUUUUUUAUCCUCAAAAUCUGGGGUCCCCUCUUUUGGCUUGGGCAGUUCUUUCUUCAACACCCGUCCCUAAAAUUUUGCUCAGAACAAAAUUCUCAACAUGGAAUGGUGGCUUGCGUGCCAUGACAAGCUCAGUGGAGGGACACUCGGAAGUGUUUUCAGUGCAGAUUUCAGAUUUCACAUUACGUUUGUACAUUUUUUGGUUGUGUUUUUAUUUGAUGUUUUUUGGUUGUGUUUUCAUUUGAUGUUUUUGUGCAAAUUUAAAAUAGAACUAAUUCGUUGGAUUAGCGUUGGCACUAUAAAAUAUUAUUAUUAGUAUUAUUAUUUUCAGGAUA